AUGUGUCCAAAGCUAACAUGCGCAGCGGGUAUUGGAACUGACAUUACUCCGGGCUCCUUGGCUGCCACAACGAUCAAAAAGAGCAGUCCUUUUGGAACGAGUAAGACACUGGGACAGGCGCUGGGGGCCUCGUUUGAUCAGCAUGUCCUUGGCGGUUAUCGGUUCCUCAUGCGGCACUACCGAUCUUCAAGUGAGAUAUUUGUUUUCGGGUUCUCUCGAGGAGCAUAUACAGCACGCUUCCUAACGGAGAUGCUCGACUAUGCUGGGCUACUGGGACCGGAUAAUGAAGAGAUGAUUCCAUUUAUCUGGGACGCCUUUUCCCGGUGGAAGUUGAGCCGAUACAACGAGACAGCCAAGAAGAAACAAGCCUACGAGUUUCUGACACAUUGCCGAGACACUCUGUGUCGCCCAGUGCGGAGGAUCCAAUUUUUGGGCUUGUUCGACACUGUCAACAGCGUUGCAGACUUUGAAGUGAACAAUGAUGCUCUCCCCAGUGCCCACGUCGUCCGGCAAAUCCUGAGCAUCGACGAGAGAAGAGUCAAGUUUGGACCCGUAUUACUACACGCAGGUUCGAAAAAGACGCAUCAAAAUCUUUGUAAAGAUGGUUCAGGAUCAAACAACAAGGGUUCGGGGGAUGAUGAUGACAAUGUAAGUGACUUGGAAGAGGUGUGGUUCCCAGGCGGUCAUGCAGACAUCGGUGGGGGUUUCCAGCGUGGCCCCGAUGAGGACUUCCAAUUGAGUCACGCUCCUCUUGUCUGGAUGGUUCAGGAAGCUCAGCGUGCUGGACUUGAGUUCGAAGAAGAUAAACUACAAGACUUCAAGUGCGUGGAGCACACUGAGGAGGCCUCAUCUCGCGCCAAUUUCCACUGUGCACUUCACGAAUCCAGCGUGCAAGGUCUGCUUCACGAUCGUCUUACUGUCAGUCCAGGCGUGUCUUUGCCUUCUGUUCUGGCGUGGCGAUUCAUGGAGAAUAUCCCGUUUCGUCGUCUGGCCUUUCUAGCGGAUGGGUCGUCGAAGCCUGUUCACUGGCCACCGAACCAUGGCCGCCCUCGAGUCUUGCCAUCUGAUGCAAAGGUUCAUGUUUCAGCUCUGCGACGAGUGGAGUUGAAUCCUGAGUAUCGCCCAGUAAGUCUUUUGGGAAAUGGAGGAAUUGAGGAUUGGGUGAUUCACAGCCAUGACAAGGACCCAGUUAGGCAGGUGCACUGUAGGAAGAGUACACAGCUAUAA